UUACGAGUGAUGGCAUUCACACAGUUAUCCAACACUACCCUAACGUCACGGACAGUGACUGCGGAGUGGGUCGGGAGUCGAUGCUUAUGGACAACCAAUGCUUCAAAUAUCACAAAACUCAUGCUUCGAGUCCUAUAAUGAACGGCAGAAUCGCUACCGACGGAGAGAUGCCUUUCGUGGCCCAACCGUGCACCUAAAAUAUGUAGUGGAUCAAUUAUCAAUAAAUCAUGGAUAUUAACGGCAGCCCAUUGUAUCAGGUACA